AACGAAGGAAAACAGCGUGUUUAUUUUGUUUCAAAAAGAAAAAAAGCUAUUAAACAUAAACUACUAAUACCUUUCAGUUUCAGUUCUAAUCUCGGGGUUAUUCUUUGAGCUCCGGCGACGGCAGCCCGUGACGUAGAAAUUGGCUUUGUUUGCUCUGUUUUUAUCGCGUAUAGAUUUCAAUUUACUCUCUCAGGGAAAAAUUUCGAAAAUGGAAAUGGCGAUGGAAGGAGGAGCAACAUUAUCGGAAAAAUAUCAAAAUUCGAAGAAGGUACUACUGAGAGCUAGAGAUGGAAUCGAGAGAUUAGAGCGUCUGGAAAGUUCAACAUCAAGCGGAUUAGACUCGCCGGAACUUUCAUUUAAUGUGAAAAAAGAUAUAAAUCAGAUUCAAUCUCUUUGCAAUGAAAUGGAUCGUCUCUGGCGUUCUAUUUCCUCUAAACCCCAACGCGAUCUCUGGAAAAGAAAGGUAGAACAAAUAGCAGAAGAGGUAGAGUCAUUGAAACAAAGCCUGAAUAGACAUUUUUCGAGGAAUCAAAGGCGGAUGACGGAAGCUCAGGAGAGAGCUGAAUUGCUUGGUAGAGCUAAUGGUGAGUCAGCUCAUGUGUUGAGAAUAUUUGAUGAGGAAGCACAAGCAACGCAAUCAGUUCGAAAUUCUAAGAGGAUGUUGGAAGAUUCUUUAUCGACGGGAUCGGCUAUUCUUGCUAAGUAUUCUGAACAAAGAGAUCGCUUGAAGAAUGCGCAACGUAAGGCUCUGGAUGUUCUCAAUACAGUGGGGCUCUCAAAUUCUGUAUUGAGGCUGAUCGAAAGGCGGAACCGUGUGGACAGAUGGAUCAAAUAUAUGGGAAUGCUCAUAACGGUUGCGGUCAUAUAUUUUUUUGUGAGUUGGAGUCGUUGAAGUCGUGUAGUAUGUUUACAGUGUAUGCACAUACAGCUCUUUGUUUUUACUUCAAAACAGUUAAAUUUGUUUCUCAACUAAUAUAGCAGUAUACCAUGUACUUAGACAGAAAAAAGAAUUGAAUUGUUUAUUCCAUAGGAGCUAUUGCUAUUCAGACUAGUGUAUCAGGCAAAACUGCUGAUUACUUUGUGUUUCAUGGUCUUCAAAAAAAUUCCUUGUUUGUGUUAUUCGGGUGAUUGGUUUAUAAAAGGAAAUAGCUGUCUUUUGAGUUUUGA